UCUUGAGUUCGUAUAUAUUUGAUGUCUCAAGCGUACUUCUCCAUUUUCUCCAUAUUAAUUGAAUCUUAGACAUUUAUAUAAAUCAUUUCCCUGUCUUAAGUCGUGAUGUAUCCGUUCAGGUGUAUUUUUCUGGUUCUGGUCACGGCUUAAGGCCGACGAAAUCUUCAUGGGCCUGUUCGAAGUGCAUACGCGCCCGCGCUUAGGUAUUGGCAGGGGAGUGUACCAGAUUGUGUUGGUGAUUUGGUAAAGUUCCUAUAUGGAUAAUAGAAUUGUUCCUUAUCCCGAGUCUCGGUUCCCUCUUGGAUCUUUCUCCAACUUUUCCUAUAAUUAUUUCGCUUAUCGUGAAGAAGCAAAGAGUCGGUCUCAGGUUAUAAUAGCGAGUUGGGCUCGUCCUAUUUUCCCUUUCGUUUCGUUUCAUUUCUUUUCUUCUCGGUCUUGAUUGUUCUGCUGAAGAUGAACUGUUCCCAUUCAGAUCAUUCGGCUAGCAACAUAAAUAGUUCACAACUUGGCAUUCAGCACGACCCGGCACGACUUCAAAACGAUGUGGCGGCAAGCCCUCCCCAAUACGAAUCACUCGACCUCAACGAUCGGAUAGGAUUGAGUGGGCUUGAAAACACUCGUCAUGGGCGAAAAGGGAGCAGAGAGCCACAAUACACCAUUUCAAAGGAGCAUAACUGGAAACCAUGGAGAAUACGCUCCCCCGCUCUGAUUGGUUUUAUAGUUUUCUCACUUGGGUUGGCCAUCACGCUAGAGAUCCUUGCGCAAAAGGGCCAGAGGUAUGGCGCUCUUGCUCGUUCAUCAUCCGUCGACGAUAUAUCCGAUCUCGCUAGGCUCGCAGCCUUAUAUCUACCCACAGUUGCUGCUGUUCUAUACGGCUUUUUCUUUGCGUGUGUCGACCUAGACCUCAAACGAAUACAGCCAUGGGUUGAACUGGCGAAAUCUGAAGGAACGACGGCUACAAACUCCUUGCUCCUGGACUACGCUUUUGACUUUGUGGCCUUUGUGCCUUUCACGGCCGCAAGACGACGUCACUGGCCUGUUUUCUACGCCGGGACCGUUAUGAUGAUCAUCUUUUGGGCUAUCACACCGCUGCAAAGCUCAAUUUUUGGCCCUGGCUCUACAACUUUAACCCACUCAGCAACUAUUUCAUAUCCAGAGAUGCUCAUUCCUAUCCGGCAGCAAGCGGCGGUCAUGGAUGUUUCUAUAUUCAACGGCGCUUUCGCUACUACAUGGUUAAGUCAGAUAUAUCCAUCUUCUACCACAGCAGACUCGGCCACACUUCCGAUCCAUGCAAUACAGAGCCCAGAUGGUGGAACAAACAUCAGUGCGACAGGCUGGACGUGGCAACUGACAACGGAGUUGAAUUGCUGGCCAGCUAUCGAGGGAAAUCUUACUUGGGAUAAUGGGCAAGGAUGCUCUGUGUCUCGCUCCUUCGCUGUGUCCAUGGAAGGAACGCUUAAUAUGAUUACUAACCGGUAUAUUGGCUAUUAUGACAAUGCGCUGGUAGACUUCUCGCUUGGGAGCAAAACAUGUGGUUCGAAUUUCAAGCAUCAGUUCUUUGCUGUCAAUGCUUUCAAUUCAACAACCGGAGGCACUCCAAAAGAUGCUAAGAUAAAUGCACUGUUCUGCGAACCAACAUACUACAAACGCAAUAUUACGGUAUCUAUCUCCCAGGAAACUCUGAAGCCAGAUUUCUCGAUGAUAACAUCGCAAGGACCUAAGCUUGUGCUGUCCGACGAUGAGUUUAAUAGAACAGCAUUCGAGUAUCUGAUUGGCACUGGUGUUCCCUCUGUCGAUCUACCAAGGGAUAUUACUGACUCGGAGAACAUUGAACCUUAUUAUCAGGUCAAGCGUCGCGACGAACGGAUAUCUUGGCCGAUUCAAGCUAUGUCUGGAUUAGUGAUCGGCUCCCGUAACUAUACUGGAGAGGAAUUGUUAGAUUCCGCUGCUCUCAUAGACGCCUGUUCUGCAGCACAGAAAGCCAUGUUCUCUGUGGCUGUAGCGAAGCUACUUUCGAAUGGCUCUGGCACUCAGCCAGGCACGAUCACUUAUACCGUUCACGGCAUCCUGGUCAGUAGACCUAUUUCCGCAGUUGUUGAAAUACUGUUAGUUGUAACUGCAACACUAGUCGGCUUGACAUGGCUUCAUUGCCGCAAGAUGCAAACGAAGCUUUCGGAAGAUCCUUCAACGCUUGCCAAAGUAAUGAAAAUUGCGCAACGGAACUCUGCUUUAACCGCUCAAUUCUCUCGGAUGGAUCAAAUGAAUGACGAAGAUCUAAUAAAAGCAUUCGAGCCCAUGCAAUUCAAAACAGAAUAUGACAACACUAUUACAAGCUUGUCAUGCAUUUCGGAAAACAACCAGCCAGUGACGUCGCGCGGGGGGGUAAUUCAACAACAGGGGGGCAUCACGCAAGCAGUGCCUAUACAGCCUAUGAUACUCCGUAUCAGGAUAGGAGUUUUGGUCAUUUCUCUAUUAUUCGCGGGUACUACGAUACUCGCCUAUCUCAAGUACCAAGAGAUUAAGUUAGGAGGACUCCCACGGCCUUCCGAGAAUUUUGAAGUUCUGCAACUGCUUGAAAAUUAUAUUCCUACGGUCUUCGCAACGUUCUUGGAGCCAGUUUGGGUUCUGAUCAACCGCGUUUAUUGCUUAGUGCAACCUUUCAGAUCGUUACAGAAAGGCAAUUCAAUCGCUAAGCACUCUAUCGAGGCAAAGUACACCAGUCUGAUGCCUCAGCUCAAUGCAUUGCGAAGUAUCAAAUCGUCCCAUUACUUUUUGUCCUCGGUCUGCACUGUCGCUUUACUUGCAAACGUUCUUGCCGUUGGGCUCAGUGGUGUAUUUGAAGAGACAGUAGUGGAAAUGGAAUACGAUAACCGAUACCAGCUACAGCGUUCCCUAUCAACCACACGAAAGACAGUUGUAAAAGAUAGAGGCACAUCCCUUGUCGGGUAUAGCGACAACUUACAAGUCGUGCUGAGCAAUUUAUCAGCACACACAGCGCUGCCUCCUUGGACUAGCCCCGAGGCGUAUUUUCUUCCCUUUACUGAUACUACGAAAACAGCUCUGUCAUCAGAUCGAUUGAAGGCAAACACAACAGGAAUUACAAUUGAGCCACGAUGUUCCGUUUUAUCAGCCAAUAGCACGUCCGGGACUUAUGUUCACUCAGUUUUUAACUCGACGCAUCAGCAGAUGUCCGUUUACACGAUCAAUGAAGACAACUCAUCAAUACAGUGCGGUAUCGGGGUUUUCAAGUACAACUCAACAGUCUCUGAUAGUCACGAUGAUAUAAUACCGGAUGUAUACAAUGGGGCGCCGAUAGGUCAAUCUUCGUUGGAGAUAUAUAUGAGGAUGUCCUCAUUGGAUGAUAAUCCCAAACAUGUCGACUGGUGUCAACAGAGGCUAUUUGCUGGGUGGCUCCACGUGAAUGCCACCUCGAAUGGCGACAUACAGGAACAACCUCAGUCCAUGUUUUUACAAUGCGUGCCUGUCGUCCGUACGGGAUCUUACGAGGUAACGGUGGAUAGUAAAGGUUAUGUCGUGGAACAAAGGAGAGUCGGCGCUCUCAAUGACAUCUUCUUAUCUGGUACAAACACAUCGAAAAUCGUGGGUACGGAGCUCGAUCCACUCACCGGCGCUCAAAGGAAUAAAUGGCAGAAUACUACAAAUGCCGGAGAUUGGAUGAAUAGCUUCCUCAAGCUAUACCUGAACACGACGUCCCUCAUUGACCCAGAGCUACAAUUGCCGGAUCCUAAUGCUGUACUCCCGGCAUUCGAGACGAUUAUGCAGGAAAUAGUUGCGGUUUUAUUCGGGUUAAACCCGGAUUUUUUCAAUGCUACGAAUGACGAGACAUUCGUUGAUGGGUUUCUCGUCCGAACAGAAACCCGCAUUUUCAUGUCGGAUUGGGCACUGUCUGUAAGUCUCGCAAUCUUGGGCAUCAAUAUAACCAUGGUAUUGGUUGUGUAUACUAGGGGGUUAGGUGUUAUCCUGCCCAGAUUGCCCUCGACAAUUGGAUCUAUCUUGGGUUAUGUCGCUGCCAGCCGGGCCGUCAAAGAAUAUACAGAACCUGACGAAAUGACUACCGAGGGAGUCAAUCAGACACAAACCUUUACAUUUGGGAAGUUCAUCGGGCAGGAUGGUGAGCCCCACGUGGGUAUUGAAUUAGACCCGUACGUGCUGCCACUAGACAUACGGAACAAACGCAGUCCGUUUAGGAAGGAUGGCCCUGACUUACCAGACUGGGUUUGAGAUAUGUUCCAAAGCUCUAUAUAAGUCAAAAUUACAUGCGAUCAGAAUUUUGGCUUAUCAAGCGCCUCACCGUGAACACUUUGAAAACUCAUUUUCUUUCUUGCCCCGUGUUAGAGUGUAGUCGCAGUGGGCUGCUUUAAUCACCAAGACGA